CCUCUAUCCAGCACAAAUGGCCUCGUAGAGACGCGGGAUUCAGUCAAGUCGAUGGCGGGCUCGCGAAAAAGGUACAAUGUACAAACGGUGAAUAUGUAAGCUGGCAUCUACCUGAACGCUCCAACGCUGGAUCGAUUUCUGUCUCGCUGCAUCAUGGACGACUCGCCCCACGAAGCAAGACAAUGGCAUUGCGAAGAAGAUCAGCAGCCUCGUGCAACAACUCCCAUCUGGAAUCGCGAAAGGCGGUCUCCAGGAUCGCCAAAACCCCAACCACAUUGUUCCGACCAUCCUUGAUCGACUCGAGCUGCUGCGGCGACUUCACCGCGCCAACCGUCUGCAGGAAAGCGUGUGCGUCCUUGAUCACAGCUUCCACCUGGAACUCGCUGCCAUCGUGGGCCAUAUUCAGCAUCGACUGGUUGGAGCCAUGAGACCGGGCCGAAGCGGCGCCCGGGGAGGAAUCAGGUUGCAAAAGACUAGGAAAAGGUCGGAGGACCCCGUCCAGAGCAAACCCGUAUGACCAGACGACCAGGGCGGCAAAGUACAGGAUCCACGGUCUCAUCAUCAGAUAAUCGUCGCGGGCAUUGUACAGCUUUCUCGAGCCACCCUUUCCCGGCAGAAUCACGGACUUGAGCAGCUGCAGAGCAUGAUAGACGGCGAUCCUGGCACUCGGGCCCUUGGCCCAGUCGAAGAGCUUGCACUUGACUCUCUCGUAAUCAGCAUUGGUCACCACUCUGCCAAAGAGCCGCUUGAUGCCCGCAAAGAUCUGGCAGUCCAUGACGUCGGUGUGCAUUGCCAUGUGGCUCAGGUGGUGGAGAAUUUCCGCCGUCUGCGCCAUGUCCUCUUGGCCCGAAACACCGUCAUUCUUCUGCCAGGGGAGUGUCGCCCUCCGCAUAUGUUCGAGGCUCUCGUCAAAGUCUUUCUUCCAGAAGUCAAACGCUUUCGUCAGCGGUGUCCGCCAGCCAUCAGGGACGCCCAUUGUCUGAGAUACGCCGAGGCUGGACACCUGGAGGUCACGUUGGUUCAUGUGCCACGAAACAGACAGAAGACCGGCCAUAAGGGUCAUUCGGCCAAAGUUGUUCGUGCGAACCUUGCGGCCGGUCAGAGUCUUUUUGAGUCCGUCCAAAAAUGUGGUAGGUUUGAUCCCGUUGGCAUGCAAACUAGCUUCGACUCGUCCAACUUCUGCGGCCGAAGUGGCGGACCACAGGGCGUCAUCGCACGGGAGAGGCAGUCGGAUUUCAUGAACCACCAUCAUCGCCGCGUGGCCGAACAUGGCCGCGUGAAGUGCGUCCAGAUAGAAUGCGGCGUAAGCGGCACGACGGGUCGCUUCUGCUGUGAUCCAGCGGACCCACCAUUCUUCGGGAGACGAAGGCACACGGGAGGAGUCCUGGUGUGCCGUCUCGAUCAAAGCCGUUCCUCGUCGCAUCAAGUUGAUGGUGGUGGCAUAAUGAAUGUGAGAUCGCUCAUGCAGCAUUCUCGUCGCGUUCAUUUUCUCGUAAACCUCCAGCAACAAGAGCGUUUGAAAGAUCCACAACUUGGCUGGAGGAUGGAAGUCACUGUGCAUAAAAACCUGCCAACGUAAAUGCCAGGCGAUGAAAGUGGCGAAUCGAGCAGCAGCGUCCGUCACGGCUCGUCCAUGAGCUUUGUUGAGAAAGGCGGCACCGAUGGCCAUUACCGCAAGGAGGAGGUAUUCGUGGGUAUCGUCGGCGGAGAAUGUGGGCUGAUGUAGGAUGGGCAUCUGGGCGUGGAAAUGAUACCAGUAGGACCCGAUGUAGUGCUGCAUAGAACGAAUGCUGAGAACAUGCUCCUCCGCG